GACAACCAGGACGUGACCUUGGCUGGAGCUCGGUCUGGACGCUCUUGUAGUCGCAGUUGCCGACCCGCCACGUCAGUACUCAUCCGGCAGGCGGAGCGUGAGGUUCUGUGCGAGGUACGACCACCUAAACGGACAGAUACAUACACGAGGGAGAGCAGCCACGAUGCCCGUCGUUCUCUACCACUUCCCGGCCAGCCCGCCCUCCAGGAUAGCUCUGGCGGCAGCUAAGGUUGUCGGGGUCGACGUCAACAUCAAAAUCGUCGAUCUGUUUGCAAAGGAGCAACUCAAAGAAGAAUUUGUCAAGAUAAAUCCACAGCACACGAUACCAACUAUCGACGACAAUGGUUUCAUCCUGUGGGACAGCCAUGCAAUCGCCACGUACUUCGUGUCGCAGUAUGGGAAGGAUGACUCCUUAUAUCUGAAGGAGCCAAAGAAGAGGGCGUUAGUCGAUCAGAGAAUUUACUUUGAGGCAGGGACCCUUUUCCCUCGCAUGAGGGCAAUUGUCUUUCCUGUGAUCUUUCUGGGCAACAAGAGUGUGGAAGCAUCAGUCAAAGCAGCAGCGUAUGAGGCCAUUGGGUUCCUGGAGAAGUUCCUGGAAGCGACACGCUGGGUGGCCGGUGACCACCUCACCAUAGCAGACGUGGUGUGCGCUGUCACAGCCACCAGCAUGCAGGCGAUUGGGUUGGAUUUCAGUGGCUACCCGAAGACACAAGACUGGAUAGAGCGUUGUAAGAAGAUCCCAGGAUUCCAGGAGGCCAAUGAAGAAGGUGUAAAGGCUUUUGGAGAGAAAGUCAGAAGCUCUCUACCACCAAACCAUCUGGCUCCGUAGGAGAACACUGAAAAGACUGUAUAAUAGAUCAAGAAUAAUAAAUCAUUCUUUAUUCAGUAGUGAUACA